ACCCACCAGCCUAGCACUAAUCAUUCGCGAAUUGAAUAAGACCAGAAGAGUACGCUGAGAGAAGAUCCUAGACGAAAAAAUAAAAAUAAGUCGUAAUACUAAGCAAUUUAAUCAGUGAAAAAAUAAUAUUUGUUAGUGCUGUUCGAUUCGUUAAUUGUGCAGAUUAUUGGUUUCAAUAUUUCAAGACAAAUUUCGUCAUAAAUUAAAAUGGCCACGUCAUUCUCAAAUUUUUCUUACGAACGCUUUGUUAGAAACAUGGGUCAAAAAUUGGAACCUAGCGUCCGACAUCAUCUGUCGAAGGUCUAUGGCUGCUUGACGGCUACUUGUGCGGCAGCAACGGUUGGAUCUAUGAUUCACCUUCGUGGUAUCUAUGAAGCAGGAUUCCUAAGUGCACUAAUCUCGCUCGGAUUGAUUCUUGGAUUGAUUUUCACACCGGACAAUGGAAAAAAUUUCAAUUUGCGUUUCGGUUUGCUGAUGGGAUUCGGUGCUUUCACCGGCCAUUCGUUGGGAUUGCUUUUGGAACAGGUCAUCUACAUUGAUCCGGCUAUUGUGGUUACGGCUCUCGUAGGAACAACCACUAUUUUCACCUGCCUGAGCGCUGCAGCAUUGCUUGCAAAACGUGGAAAGUAUCUGUUCCUGGGUGGCAUUUUAAUGAGCACUCUAAGCGCAAUGGCUCUGAUUAGUUUGGGAAAUUUGAUGUUCCGGUCCUACUUCAUUCAGGGGCUUAAUUUGUACAUCGGAUUGGCAGUGAUGGCCGGCUUUGUAUUGUACGAUACACAGAUGAUCUUGGAGAAACAUCGCAUGGGCAGCAAUGAUUGCAUUGCUCACUCGUUGGAUUUGUUCUAUGAUGUGCUGAGCAUUUUCCGCCGUUUGCUAAUCAUACUCACCCAGAAGGAACAAAACAACGAGCGCAAAAAGAAAAAUAACAAUUAAAGUUGGGUUGUGGUAAACUUUUUAUACUAUUCGUAGCGUCAGCUGCUGCCACCAUUUAUUGCAUUACGUAGAGGAUCGUUGUGGCACAAGUUUUGUAUCGACAACCUUGCGCAAAAUAAUCACCAAAAAAUUGGAAGUAACUUACAUAUGUACGAGUUGAUGUUGAGGAGAUAAUCAUACUAUAAUUUACCUCUGACUAUAGUUUAUGAAACUUGAAAUAAAAUGAGCCCUUCUACGAAAUUCACUCGUGUAAAAUAAAAAAACAAAAUAUUACGAAGUCAAUCCAAGAUUCUAUCAUUUCAAAAUUGAAUGAACAUAUGGCUAUCAAAAUGUUACACUCCGUAUUUUAACUGGAGGAUUUGUGCAUCACCUUUAGAAAUGUAAGACCUAAACUGGCUCAUGUGUAGAAAGAUACAUUAUAUAUUUAUCGUUCAUUGAAUAAAUGGAGUAUUUUCGGAAAUCCCACAACAGAAAA